AUGACCCCCGCCCAGCAGGGCAAAGCGGCCCGGUGGAGCGUGCGCUUCUGGUCCGUCUUCGUCGGCAGCGAGCUGGGCCGCCUCGCCGUCGAGGCCCUGCGCAGCCGGAGCGCCGUCGCCAGCGGCCGCCAGGACGUCGCCAGCGCCGAGUACAGGGAGUGGUCCGACACCUGGACGCGCACCCUCGCCCGCCAGAUGUCGUGGUUCCCGCUCACCGUCCACUGGAGCAUGGACAAGGGCUUCGUGCCAGAGAUGGGUAUCGGUCUGCUGGGCAGCAUCCCGGGCAUCGUGCAGAUGCGCCAGUUGUGGAAGGAGACUGCUUGA